AUGCAAUGGAUGGCCUACUCCAAGUACUGGUGUAUGUAUAUGUAUAUAUUUUCCUUCCAAAAGAUCAAGUACUGACCAAACUAUUGCGGCCAAGUGUAUGAUAAGAAGCAGUUGCCUUUAAAGGUCAUGCUGUACCUUUUCUCCCCCUUUCCCGUAGGAAUGUAGUCACCCAUGGCCCAUGCGUACGUGUUCGUGUUCAGAAAGUUCCAUGCAUGCAACCCCCCACUGAUGGAUCUAGUGCAAAUGAACCCAGUAACACAAAUAUCCAAUCGGCCGACUUGCUUUCUGUUCGCCAGGGGACAAUCGCUAACUGUCCAAGCCCAUUUGACCUCAAACUCCUGCGUGCAUUGUAAUCAAUCCAUGGGGCAGUGCAACCUACUCAUAUAUUUCAAGUCCUGCUUAACUGCUUUGUUGCCACUGGCGUUAUAUAAGCACCAUUGUUGUCACCACCGGGGUGCAUUGGCCAUCCAGUCCUCUCCCUUUCUUUCCCCUGGCUCAGCCAUACUCGGCAAAGCCUUAGAAGCACAGGCUAGAGAGAAAUGGGCAACAUGCUGCCAUGUUUGGUCCAACAGGGUACCACAGCUCUGCCGGCCAUGAACCCCAAGCAGAGGCUCGUCUCCCUGAAGCUUCUAGUGAAGGCCCUCCACAAGAUGAAGAAGAGACCCGGCAACAACGGCAAGGCGAAUAUAGAUGGCAAACCGUCGUCGUCGUCGCUGUCGUCUUCGUCAUCAACGGCAGCAGCAGCAGAUGGAUCGGAAGGAGGAGGAGAGUUGGAAUUGAAGAGCAAGGCCAACUCCAACCCCAAGAGUGCCGUGCUGAGAUCAAGACUCCAUGGUGGCCGGGGCGGCCACAAGAAGGGCGUCGUGAGGGUGAAGGUGGUCCUGACCAAGGAGGAGGCCGCGCGUCUGCUGUCGCUGACCGUUGGGGGCCAGAAGACCGCCGCGCAGAUAGUGGCCGAGAUCAAGAAGAUGGAGGCCCGCCGCGCCAAUGCCGCCGCGUCGUCGUGGCGCCCGGCGCUGGAGAGCAUCCCCGAGCUAGGAGUCAUUGGAACGAAGAGUGCUCCAUGCAUCAAAGUAUGUACGCCUCUCCGGUAAUAGGACGGGACGGAGGAGAGAAUGAGACUUGGGUUGAGAGGCGAGGCGACGACGGCGUACGCUCCCCCUCCCAUGCACACGCCCGGCCGACGUCGAUCGGUUGCAUGAUCCUCGCCGCGCCGGUGUACAGCUUCCCUUUUUUGAAGCUUCUCUUCUGUUGUUCUCCCUGUUUUUCGUCUCAGUAUGCAGUUGUUGUAGUCACCAGCAAGCGAAAGAAAUGGAAUGAAAUUUCAAA